AUGGACAUUUGGGGUGUUGUGGAGAAUGCGUCAGCGGUUCGUGCAGCUGUAAGCGAGGAGCAAUUUCGUCGAAUGAAUAAUUUGGCUCGUGGUGCAAUCUUGCGAGGCGUUCCUAAGGCCGAUGCUGAGUUGAUAUACCAUCAGCAGAGCGCGCAAGAUAUGUGGACUGUAUUUGUCGAAAAGCAGACCAAACGCGAGUAUGCAAAUUACAUCUUCGCUCGACAAAGGUUGAUUGCGAACGCGUACACGCCAGGGAGGAACAUGAAUGACUGGCUUCGUGAGAUGCAGCUCUAUCGUAAUGAGCUACUGCACUAUCGAAGAGGGGUUUCUGACGAGGAAUUCGCCGAGAUUCUCCUUGGUAACGUGGUGCAGACACAUCGCGACGUUGUUCGACAGUUCUCCAAACACUUUGACCCUGGUUACCAGCGAUCGACUCCGUCGUCGGCUCAAGUGAUGAAUGCAUUGAGAGCAGAGUCGGAACUCGACGCCAGGAUGGAUGAUCCACAGCAAGGCCGUGAUAUCUCUUCCGCGCAGGCUGGCAAGAAGCAAGGCCAGCAGCCGCAAGGAAAAGGCAAGAAGCGUGGUCGAGGUAGAUAUAAGGCUAAGAGUGGUAAGUUGGAAAGAAGACUGGUGGUGAGGACAAACGUGAGUGCUAGAAUUGCCAUCAAGUUGGCCACAUCCAGACAAAUUGUCCGAAUCCCAAACGCGAUGACGAUGAGUCUGAUUCGCAGCUCCCAGAGCGGAAACGCUGGCAACAUAAGAAGAAAGCUGGGAAAAACCGCGAGAAGCGUGAUGUGA